CCCUCAGUCUCCUGCGAGGUGGAGCCUCGGACGAAAACGCAGAGCCGACGGGAGGCGCCGGGAGCCUGAGGAUGUCGAAGAGGGCGAUUUCCGAGGCACCGACUGCAGACCUGAGAGCUUUACAACUCCUGAAGGCCCUAAGCCUCGUUCUAGAUGUUCAGACUGGGCAAGUGCAGUUGAAGAAGAUGAAAUGAGGACCAGAGUUAACAAAGAAAUAGCAAGGUAUAAAAGAAAACUUCUCAUAAAUGACUUUGGAAGAGAGAGAAAAUCAUCAUCGGGAAGUUCUGAUUCAAAGGAGUCUGUAUCUGCAGUGCCAGCUGACUUAGAGACAGAUGAAAGUGUCUUGAUGAGAAGACAGAAGCAGAUCAACUAUGGAAAGAACACUAUCGCCUAUGACCGCUAUAUUAAAGAAGUCCCAAGACACCUUCGACAACCUGGCAUUCAUCCCAAAACCCCCAACAAAUUUAAGAAGUAUAGUCGACGGUCAUGGGACCAGCAAAUCAAACUCUGGAAGGUGGCUCUGCAUUUUUGGGAUCCUCCAGCUGAAGAAGGAUGUGAUUUACAAGAAAUACACCCUGUAGACCUCGGGGAAAUGGAAACCGAGUCUGCAGAAAGCAGCUCCGAGUCCCAGACAAGCUCACAGGAUAACUUUGAUGUGUACUCUGGUACCCCCACCAAAGUCAGACAUGUGGACUGCCAAGUGGAGGAUGAGUUUGAUUUGGAAGCUUGUUUAACUGAACCCUUGAAAGACUUCUCGGCCAUGAGCUAACUGUGCCACCUGGUGGCCACCAAGGAAAACAGUUGCCUCUGGCUAGGUGAAAGGCUGACCAAGCGCCAAGCAUGUGUUGUGCAUUUGUACCUGGAUGGUUUCUCUGUUAAUAUCUUAUUAUUUUAUGAUAAAUUGUUAUUCUUGCCUUAUUUUCUUAAGAGACAAUUUUAUGUAUAGGAGUGUGUUUUGCAUGUUUUAAAUUGUAAAUGGAGCAAAAUCCACAGAAUAUUGAUCUUGAAGCAGCGUUCAACAAACUUAAUUGUUUAAUCCCUGCCACCCUCCAAGUUAAACUGACAAGUAUACUUUAGCUGGUUUUCCACAAGUACUCAGUCAUCGAAUUUCCACCUGUCAGAUGGGAUGGUGUUAGAUUUAACCACAUAUUCGUGGGACCAGUCUAAGGUCAGAUUUUCUUAUAAGUAUCUGACAAGAUAUUCAGUCAGAUACUUUAUAUUAAUAUAAAGUCUUUAAUAUUUUUAUGGAAACUUAAUUUUGGCCUCUUACUAAUGUGUGAGAUGGGGUUUUUUCCUCAUACAGAAUACUGGAUAGUCAAAAAUGUUACAUUGAGCUGUUAAAUUAAUGGUUUUUAGGUGAGUUGCACUGUCUUAAUUCGGUACUUGUAAAUAGUACUAGAUAGGCUCUUUACUUAUAAUACUCCAAGAGUUAAGGAAGCAGAGAUUUGGAAAGAAUUUUUUUUUUUAAUCAGUUAAUUUACCAUGUAUAAUUGCUGUAAAUGAUAAUGUGUACAGAUUUUUCAGUUCAGAUAUUCAAUUGUAAACUUCUUGUUAAGACUUAUGUUUCUAUUGCUUUUGUAUGGAAUGAUAUUGCGAAAAUAAAAAUAAAAGAACCUUC